AUGGAGUUGAUGGAAGAUGGGAAUUUGAUGGACCGGGUGCAGAUUCUGCUGCAGAGGGAUUUGGGCUACUACGAAGAGCACCACACGGUUUUGCAGGAGAAUCUGUGCCUCGGGGCCGUGGGGGGCCCUUUUGACUUUCCCCGCUACGCCUCCUUUGCUGCGGUCAAACUUGUCAAGUGGUGGGAAGAGGAAUUUUUCUCCUGCUUCCACCACCCUUCGGGACUGAUUGAGACGCGGAUUCACACCAAAGAGGAGCUGGACGUGAAGAAACUUCCGUCGGCCGAGUUCGUUGAGAUGGUGCAGCAGUCGGCAGAGAAGUUGCUCGAGCAUCUGCACACCCUGAGCCAAGAGUCGCUGGACCACGCCGACUUGGCCGUCCUCACGGCCACGCUUGGCGCGGCGGCCCUUUGCAAAAAUGCUCUUUGGUGCUUCAACGAGCAGUUGAAAAAAGAUGCUAAAAGUCUGAGUUUGCAUCAAGCGUCGAGAUUAAUGCAAGAAAUGGUCGAGGCUUUGGCCGAACGUCUUUUGGACUUGCACUGUCGCCUGCUAGCCCUGUACGUCCUGCAGGACGCAGACUCGCUCAACUGGGAAAGCCAGCACUCAUUUUUCGAAGGGCAGCGCGGCUCCUUCACAAUUCAGAUGUGGUGGUUUUACAUGCAAGGGGCUAGAGAAGAUUUGUGGAACACCGUUCCUCCGAAAACUGCCCAGAGAGUUCUUGCUGGAAUGUUGAAUGAGUCGCUCACAAUUCUCACUGCAAGAUAUAGUCAGGCCAAGCCUAGUCUUGCACGCAGUCCACUGAUUGUCACCGAUAUCGGCAACAUUUUGAUCUGCGUGCGCCACUUGCUGCCGUCGAUCUGCACCAGCGGCAGCGAGUUGUUGGGCCUCGUGGGCCCCGGCAGCAACAAAGCGGCCCGCGACGUGCACGCCAAAUGCCACGACCUGCUGUGCACGCUCCUCAUCCGCGGUUGUCCCUUGGCCACCCUGUACAAGGUUUUUCGCAGAGGCGCCGAUGCUGCGCCGCUUUUCUUGCCGCGACCGGUUUCUCCGGCCACUUGGUUCGUCCUCGUCGCGCCCAAACUUUUCCCCGGCGACCCGCCUAGGGGAGACAUGCACUCGUUGAACGACAACACGGCCGUCGCUGUAGAACUGUCGGUUUUGUGUGCCCAACCCGAGGCUAGUUGGCCUCUCCUAGUCAAGGUACUGCUGAUGAGGAAUUACGUAGCGACGACAAUUUUGCUCCGGCAUCUUUUGAAAGCCGACAUUCAGUACCAAGACGCCGUCCAUUCGAGUGUGGAGGGUUGCGGCGGGUUUUUGUGCGGGGCCACGGCGGGCUGCUGGGUCGAGGGCUCGCAACUUACGCCGAGCCAAGUGCUCUCCGCCCUUGUGCAGAUAAUAGUGGUUAUUUGCGGAGACCCCGAGGGUGGAGGGAUGCGGGCGCUGCACGUGGCUUUUUCAGCCCUAUUGCAACAGGACGGCAUGGACUGGAGUUGCCUCGACAAAAGGCAGAUGUGGGCGGAACAAAGGAGACCAGCGUGGCUGUCUGCUCUGGUGAACCUUAUAAAGGACUGUCUGGGCCCAUCGAUGGCCUCUUGGGCAACAUCCGUUGACAAUAUUUUCCAAGGUUUACAACAAAUUGGAGACACGAUUUCCGUCGGCGUGGUCCUCAUGGCCAAACUCCUCGACGACAUUCUGCCUGCAGACGUCAGUCCCUUCGGCGGACAAACCCUGAUGCAGCUCAUCGGAGCCGCGGUUUACGCCGAGUUGGUCAAAAGCGGUGCGGACGCGCCCUUGCGUCUCGCCGAGGAGUGGUGCGGUCUGGACACGGACCUCUUCAGGGAGGAAGUUGCUGCCGUGGUCGUCGCAGCCCAAGAAAGGGCCGCCGAGCUCGAGGAAGAUUUGGCCGAGCAAGAUUCGGGUUCCGAAGUCAUCGAAGAACUGCCCCAGAUUGCCGAGGUGCUCGUCAGCAGACUUCUGCUCACCUCGUCAGGAAGAACUUCAGUCAAGAUCGUUUUCAAGUUCAUCCAGCACAACUUGGCCUGGCUGAUGGGCGAACUUGGAGCUCAAGAGUCGCGCACGGCAGCUCCACCUGUGCACGUACCUGCUGCAAAACCGGCACCGCAUCCUCUGCUGCACGCCAUGUUCCACAUUGGAGGGUCCAGAGCAUUUGAUGAGCUUUUGACUGGAGCCUGGCAGCUCAACUGGGUCUCCCUGCUGCACACCGAGCUGGGAAUCUCCAAGACCCAAAUGGCGCAGCAACUGACGCGGAGGGCCGAGUUUCGAGAGCCGCACUUUUUGAACGAGCACGACGCCAAAGUCGUCGCGAUCCUCUCCACCAUCUUUGGCGUUGAUCCCAACUGAUUUCGUCUCUCUCAGAGACCAUGCAAAUUCUCAUACAACCCUGCUUUUUCAGCUAAUUAGUGGACGUGCGAAAUGCAAAUUUUGCGUACCAUUGUAGUGGGAUUGUGCUAAUGGACGUACGUGCUUUUAGCGAAAGCAUUAUUGUAGCUUCCUCUAUAGGUUUAAUGCAUGAAUUUAGAAACCGAAAAUCUAAUACAAAAGAUAAAAUAUCUUGUAAUUUUAACAAUUAAUAGAAGUAUAAUGUGAUGCUUUU